UAGCCUUUGCCCCUGAGGCGAGCCGAGCCGAGGCCGCGCGGGCUCGUGUGAGCAAGCCAGCGGCCUUGUGCGCGCGCUGUGGGUGGGCGACGGCGGCGGAGACGGACGCGAAGCCGGAGUGGGUGGGGGGUUCACGCCUUCCUGGUGCUGACGGGCCGCCGCAGCCGCCGCGAGCCCUCGGACCGUCGCCGGGCAAAGGAGGGCGCCGCGCGGCGGACUUGGCAAGAUGACCCAGUUCCUGCCACCCAACCUGCUGGCCCUCUUUGCUCCCCGAGACCCCAUCCCGUACCUGCCCCCUCUGGAGAAAUUGCCGCAUGAGAAACACCACAAUCAACCCUACUGCGGCAUCGCCCCUUAUAUCCGGGAGUUUGAGGACCCUCGAGAUGCCCCUCCUCCGACCCGAGCAGAAACCCGGGAGGAGCGAAUGGAGAGAAAGAGGCGGGAAAAGAUUGAACGACGACAGCAGGAAGUGGAGACAGAGCUAAAAAUGUGGGAUCCCCACAAUGACCCCAAUGCUCAAGGUGACGCCUUCAAAACUCUCUUUGUGGCUAGAGUGAACUAUGACACGACAGAGUCGAAGCUCCGAAGAGAGUUUGAAGUGUACGGACCCAUCAAGAGAAUCCACAUGGUCUACAGCAAGCGGUCAGGAAAGCCCCGGGGCUACGCCUUCAUCGAGUACGAGCACGAGCGGGACAUGCACUCCGCUUACAAGCACGCAGAUGGCAAGAAGAUCGACGGCCGGAGGGUGCUUGUAGACGUGGAGCGGGGCCGCACCGUCAAGGGCUGGAGGCCCCGGCGGCUGGGCGGUGGCCUCGGUGGGACCAGGCGAGGCGGGGCAGAUGUGAACAUCCGGCAUUCGGGCCGCGACGACACGUCCCGCUAUGACGAGAGGCCGGGCCCGUCCCCGCUUCCCCACAGGGACCGCGACAGAGACCGCGAGCGGGAGCGCCGGGAACGGAGCCGAGAGCGAGACAAGGAGCGAGAACGGCGGCGCUCCCGCUCUCGGGACCGGAGACGGCGCUCCCGGAGCCGCGACAAGGAAGACCGGCGGCGCUCCCGCGAGCGGAGCAAGGACAAGGACCGCGACCGCAAGCGGCGUAGCAGCCGGAGUCGCGAGCGGGCGCGGCGGGACCGGGAGCGCAAGGAGGAGCUGCGGGGCGGCGGUGGUGACAUGGCAGAGCCCUCGGAGGCUGGCGAUGCGCCCCCCGACGACGGGCCUCCUGGGGACCUUGGUCCCGAUGGCCCCGACGGGCCUGAGGAGAAGGGCCGGGAUCGGGACCGGGACCGGCGUCGGAGCCACCGCAGCGAGAGGGACCGGCGUCGGGACCGCGACCGGGACCGGGAUCGCGAGCACAAGCGGGGGGAGCGGGGCGGGGAGCGGGGCCGGGAUGAGGCCCGCGGAGGGGGCGGUAGUGGCGGCGGCCAGGACAACGGGCUGGAGGGGCUGGGCACCGACGGCCGAGAUGUGUACAUGGAGGCCGAGGGCAGCGACGGCUACCUGGCGCCGGAGAAUGGGUACCUGAUGGAGGCCGCACCCGAGUGAGGGCUGCCCACCACCCUGCUGUCACCCCUCCCCAGUUUGCCUGCCAAGGGUAGAAGUCUCCUUAUUUGAUCCGGUCCCUUGGAUUUAAAAAUAAAA